AUAAACUUUAGGUGCAGCAAAAUUCUACGCGAGCAUGUACGAUAUUUGCUGAUAGUUCAUGAAAUAACGGUGUAUCACAGCAUUUGCAGGUUCAAUUGUUGAGUUUUUCAGGAAUAUCGGUGAAUCUUAUUGUACCAUUCCAUAAUAUUUAUUCACAUGAUGAUGAGCUCAUAUUUUUUUCAAAGAUGGAAUCUCUGGACGUAAUUGCAAAGCGCAUCGAUCAAUUGAGUCAGUGCCUGGGCCCAGCGCCAGCUAUUGAAAGUCAAGGAGAAAAUCUAACCGAUUCAGUACUAUCUGCGGCAUCGUUCUUGCCCUCCGCCAGCACGGGUCAUCUGGAGGAUGGGAGUGACCGGAGCAACAUUCUGGAUGUCUUCGAAAGGAAGGAAGAACUUGAGUCUUAUCUUGAUCCGUCGUACUUGGAAGAAAAGCAGGACAUCAGGGCCAAGGAGAUAUAUAUCAAUACAAUUGCGAAUGACUUAGCCGGCACGUUCGAGACAUUGCAGAAAAUAAAGACACUGGAACCAACCUUGGGAGCGGAGUACUUCCGGAAUUUGCCCGACGUUAGUGAACAGUUGAAAACGAUGACAGCUACGACGGUCGAACAAAGAAACGCAAAUGAGCUACUUGAAGAAAGUUUGGUAAUUGCGAUGCAGCGCUAUAGUGAAAUUCAGGCUGGUAUUAAAGGUUCGCUGAAGGCAAUGACUGACCGCUUGGACAAACUGGAAGAAAGGCUGCACGAGCGCAAAAUGGAGGAUAAGGAUGUCUGAACAUGAGAGACCGAUGUGUAGAGUGGAUCAUAUAGUGGAUUAAAUUAUUUAUUAUAACGAUAUAUAACAGAACAUUUUUCGUUUUAUAGAUUCUACUGUCACAAAUAUAGAUAUUCAAAAAACAGCAAAAUAUAUCAACCUAAUAAUGCUUGCAAUAAAAAUUGUGGAUGCCAUUUCUAUUGUCGAAACAAGU